AUAACCUAUAUUUAUGAAAGUUUACACAGUUAAAUUCAAGCUCUGGUUUCUACCUGAUGAAUCUACAAAAUUUUGUUAAUCCAUCCAUUACAAUACAUGUCAACUAGGACGACCAACAAUCAAUAUUAUAUUCGACAAAGAGGUUCGUGAGCAAUCAAUAAUUUCGCAAUUAUCGAAGUCACGAACGAAACUAGGAAUAUAAGGAAACGUUGUUUGCACGAACGAAGUGCCCUCUUUUUCCGGUUUAUUGUGACACUGUACGCAUGGUAUAAUGAAAGCCAAAGGAGAAUUGAAGGAGUUUGAAGUGAUCGGUCGUAAAUUGCCGACCGAAAAGGAGAAAACCACACCUCUCUAUAAAAUGAGGAUAUUUGCGCCCGAUGCUAUUGUCGCAAAAUCCAGAUUUUGGUAUUUUCUGCGUCAACUCAAAAAAUUCAAAAAGUCUACUGGAGAAAUUGUAUCUCUUAAACAGAUUUCAGAGAAGACGCCUAUAAAAAUUAAGAAUUUUGGAAUUUGGUUGAGGUACGAUUCAAGAUCUGGGACUCAUAAUAUGUACAGAGAAUACAGAGAUCUUUCUGUCAGUGGUGCUGUAACACAGUGUUAUAGAGAUAUGGGUGCCCGUCAUCGUGCUCGUGCACAUUCUAUCCAAAUCAUUAAAGUAGAAAUGGUAAAGGCAGCCAACUGCAGGAGACCACAAGUGAAACAAUUUCACGACUCAAAAAUCAAGUUCCCAUUACCUAAACGCAUUCAACACAAGAAUCGUAUGCCACUCUUCAGUGUAAGGAAACCGCGUACCUACUUCCUUUAAAUAUAUUUAAUCGAUUGUUUUACACACGAGCAUUAAAUAUAUGUUACUCUAAAGAAAAUAAGAGGACAUUUGGUCUAAUAA